CAAAAAUGAAGUUUUAUUAAUAGCCAAGCUUCAACAUAGAAAUCUAGUGGCAUUCAUAGGAUUUUGUAUUGACGAACAAGAGAAAAUACUUAUCUAUGAAUACGUGCCAAACAAGAGUCUGGACUAUUUCUUAUUUGGUUUGAUACUUUUGACCUAUCUUUAGUUUUUUAAAGUUUAACAUUCAUGCAUUAUUUAUUUAUGAUAUUUCGUGUAUUAUAUCUUGUAUUCAAAUGAUCAACUACAAGACAUGCAUCACUUAAUUUUUCUCACAUGAUGAAUAUUUCUUGUAGAUACUGAAUUAGAAAAGGUUUUGAGGUGGUCUGAGCGUUACAAAAUUAUACAAGAGAUUGCUCGAGGAAUUUUAUAUUUACAUGAACAUUCUCGACUUAAAGUUAUACAUCGUGAUAUUAAACCUAGUAAUGUACUAUUAGACAAAGAUAUGAAUCCAAAAAUUUCAGAUUUUGGUCUUGCUAAAAUUGUUGAAAUAGAUCAACAAGAAGGAAGUACAAAGAGAGUUAUUGGAACAUAUGGCUAUAUGUCUCCUGAAUAUGCUAUGUUUGGACAAUUUUCUGAGAAAUCAGAUGUUUACAGUUUUGGGGUUAUGAUUUUUGAGAUUAUUAGUGGAAGAAAGAACCUAGGUUCAUAUGAGCCACACCAUGUUGAUGAUGGUCUUCGAAACUUUGUUUGGAGACACUGGAUGAAUGAAACACCAUUGAACACAUUGGACCCAAAAUUAAAAGAAGAUCAUUCUCACAUUGAAGUCAUUAAAUGUAUUCAAAUUGGUUUAUUAUGUGUUCAAGAUUAUCCAAAUGAUAGACCUUCGAUGAUGACAAUUGUCUCAUAUCUCAUUAGUAACUUAGUUGAAUUGCCUUCUCCAAAAGAACCGACAUUUUUCUUGCAUAAUAAAAUGGAUCCAAUUGUUGCACAUGCAAGUUCGAGGCGAAUUACCAACUAUUCCACAUCAUUCUCUAUCAAUGAAAUGUCUAUGAGUGACAUUUAUCCUCGAUAAUUUAAAUUUGUAUGUUAUUAUCUAGUUAUAUUUUAAUGCAUUAUAAAA